AUGCGACUACUCCAAGUCAACAUAUGCUGCCUACUCAUCAUCCUUGUAGAAUCAGGUCAAGACGCUCUAAUAAUUCAACCGGCUUCAUCCAACCCAGGGAUCCUAUAUGAAAAAUACAAAACUAUCCAUCUAAUAGAACGAGAAUGGAAAAUAGUCUCUACUAUAGACGUCGGAACCAUCAUCAAUAUAUCUCCUUGGCAAGAGAUGUCAUCACACGGCGAUAAGGAAAGCCGCCAAACUUGUCUAUCAUACUUCUCUCCCCCGGAGUGCGCAAUCCUGGGAAAAGAAGCUAUAUUAAAAGACGUAGAAAUAGACAGAGAGGAUGUAAUCAAUCGAUUAAAUCAAAAUCUAAAACAAGCAGACAAUACUACAUCAACUAAAAUCCAAAACCGAAGGACGCCCUGGUUUGAAUUCGUAGGAUCCAUAGCUCGAAAAGCCUUUGGACUUAUGGAUUACGACGACCACGAACACAUUUCUCAUGAAAUAGACAAAUUAUACAAUGACCAACGAGAGAUAACAACACUCGUAAACAACUCAACGCAUAUAAUAAACUCAGAAAUAAACAAAAUCAUCUCCGAUCAAAACAACACUAAGGCCAGAGUCACCCUGCUAUCCAACACAAUCAAUAGUUACGCCACCAAGGUCGGGAACGAGAUCGAGAAAAUGAAACUACGUCUACAUUUUAUGCAAAGAGCCGACGAAAGAGUACAAAGAACGUCGAGUCUAUUACGCUACCUCAAGGAAGUUGAGUCAGCGAUAGAAGACGCUAAGAGAGGGGUCGUCCCAGGAGGAAUUCUUUCACCAGAUCAACUGAGAAAUCCAACCAGAGAUAUUACAAUACGUUUUCCCCACCUAAAUCCACCUCAACGAGUGGACCACAUCCUAUCCAACAUCGCAAAGGUGAACACAGAAAGAAAAGAUAAUAAAUUCCUAAUAAUAAUCACCCUACCGUUGUUGAACCAAAUCACAUUCCAAUUCUAUCAAAUAAGACCUAUACCUGUCCCUCAAACAAUCGGAGGAGCCAUGAGGAGCCUGCUGAUCCGGCCAAACAUAGCCUGUGAAAUUAACGUCCCCCUCAAAUCAAUAAAAGACAACAUAGAGUGCGAACUACAGCUCUAUUUAAAGCCAAACAACGAGAUAAUGAAACAAUGCGAUGUCCGAAUAUUACCUAAAUGUUCAACACAACUAAUAAAAUUACAUCAAUCGAAUUCCUGGGCUUAUUCCACCUGUAAGCCAGAAAACUUUAUAACAACAUGCGACUCAAAAAUACGCAUCGAACACCAGAUCCAUGGCUCGGGUACCUUCACCUUAUCCCCCGGCUACGUCCUAACAAAUAAUCAUCUUGUAAUCAAGGGGACCGAAGAAGAAACAGACACAAUCGGUAUCUUCGCCUUCCCCACCAUAAACUUAACACAUCUGGUGACAAACCUCACCGAAAAACCAAAACCACGUUAUCUGCUGACAAACAUCGCCGAAGAACCAGUAGGGGAAAAUACCCUACUCUCUCCAUGGGGCGACAGCCUCGAAGGUAACGAGAACAGACUCACGAGAAUUGGACUUCACCAUCAAGAAAAAUCAAAGCAUCGGUACAUCACAAUCGCAAACACAGGCGCAGUGCUUUCAAUUAUAACAUCCCUCGCACUUUUCUUUGGAUAUUAUUACUACGGUUAUUGUUGCAACUGCCUCAAACCUCUGCAAAACAGAGGUGACACCAACAGAAAAUGA